ACGGUGCUGGUUUAUUCACCGGGACCUGAUCCUGCAGAGACCUGGAGAGACCACAGACCGCAGACCAGAGCGCGUCACACCAGAGACCAGGAAAAAGACUCAAAACCAGAGCGGGACAGAUCAGAGACCAGAGAAAAGACCCCAAACCAGAGCGGGUCAGACCAGAGACCGGAUCAGAGAUGGACCUCUGUCGUCUGUCCCUGCUGUAGGUCAGCGAUGGCUGCGGUGUUUCCUGAAUGCAGAGGAGACAAAGUCAGAUCCAGACUCCAUGUUGGUCGUCAUGGCCUCGCUGGAUGGAAGCACGCCGGUUGAGACGCUUCUAGUAGCAAUUCAUCUGGAGAGGUACCUGGACACCUUCCGUCGAGGUGGCCUCCUGUUGGCGAGAGACUUCACACACCUGGAUCAUGACGCCUUGGUCAGCCUGGGUAUAACCGCCACGGGACACAGGAAGAGAAUCCUACGACUGGUCAGUCACAUUCAGAGGAUAGAGGGUCAAAGAGCCAAUCAGAAGGCUGAUCUCCCACGUGACCGCUGUCAGUCCGUGACAGACGUUUCUUCACCAAAGCGAGGUCAGAGCGCCGCAUCGCUCCGACAGUUGCCGGGACCUGUUAACUUUGAGGCGUUCAGGAACAGCUCGGCUCCAAACCUCGCCGCCAUGCUGACGGACUCCGGCGGCGGCAGACCCGUCGUGAAGCCGGUUCCCAAACCCAGAACCGUCUUCAAUCGUCGCAGGACAGCGCCCGUCCACUUCUGUCCGACACCAGAGCCCGCACCGCCCCCACCCAGGAGGCUUUCCCAGGACUCCAUCUGUUUUACUGUGAUAGAGAGUUUGACCUCAGGUGACACACCCACACCUGACAGGUUGACCUCUGACCUCGAUGACAAGUCGACCACACACAGCCAACGACCAAGCCAGGCGGAGAGGGGGAGGCCGAAUCGUAGCUCGUCUCUGUCAGACGCUGGAGGGUUGUUACCGCCUGUUCCCCCGAGGAUGAACCGUGGGGUCCCGCCCGCCAUGUUCCAGGGGUCCCCGCCCUCUUCUUCUUCUUUACCUGUGCAGACAGAGGACAACCAGACACUUCCUGUGACUUCCUGUCCUGUUAGUCUUCACAGCAGCAGGCGGUCUGAAUCCUCGCCAUCCAGUUCACCCAGAGGUGGGGGGAUGGAGAUGGUCUCUAAUGAGAUCUACUGGGGCACUUUACCUGGUUCUAUUGCCCCUAGUGGAGGGAGGACUUACUGCAGCCAAGAGUCAGCUCCUCCGACUCCACCCAGACAAACACCUGAGAGGCAUAGUGGCAGCACUUUAAGUAACAACUCUUCAGGAUCAGCCAGAGCUUCGACAGACGACCCUGAGGAGGAGAUCAGUCCGUACUGUGAAACUGUUUUCCAAACCAGAAGAAAUCCACUCAUCUGUGAGAGUGAAAGAGAAAUGAGGAGGGGGGAGGAGAAACAUGCAGAGGAUCAUGGGUGUCAGAAGUUCUCCUGGACAAAGCGUUUGUCUCAGGCUCUUCACUCCGGAGACUCUCAGGGCUACAGCACCGUUGGAGAACUUCCACCAGCCACCCGCGGCCUCUCCCUGUCCCCCCACACCUUCCCGCCAGAGACCGACGAGGACCUGACCAUCUCCCCCUACGCCAGCUACACCUCUCUGACCGAGAGAGCGCCACCCAUCAUCAGCGGCUGGCUGGACAAGUUGUCUCCACAGGGGAACUAUGUUUUCCAGAAGCGCUACGUGAAGUUCGAUGGCAAAAACCUGAUGUACUUUGGCAGCGAGAAGGACAUCUACCCGAAAGGAGUGAUCCCAUUGGCUGCAAUCCAGAUGGCCCGCCCUGCCAAAGACAAUAAAUUUGAGAUUGUGACGAGUCAGAGGAUCUUUGUUUUCAGGACUGAUAAUGAAGUGCUGAGGCGGCGGUGGGUCGGCACGCUGCAGGAGCACGUCAGAGAUCAGCUGGUGUUCGGCCGGCGACGUUUCGGCCCCGGGUCUCACUGUCAGAAACACGGCGUCCUCGAGCUGAAAGGAACCAAAUCUAAAGUGUACGCAGCCAUCAACACGGAGCAGAUCUGGCUCUACAAGAGCGAACAGUGUUUUCGGAACGGAAUCGGCAUCACGCUGAUCGAAGCUCGGGGAGCGACCAUCAGAGACGGAAAACACAAGAGCUUCGACCUCAUCACGCCAUACAAAACCUUCAGCUUCACGGCCGAGUCGGACCGGGACAAACGGGACUGGAUGGAGGCGCUGCAGGAGUCGAUCGCGGAGACUCUGUCGGAUUACGAGGUGGCCGAGAAGAUCUGGUCCAACCGAUCCAACAGGAUGUGCGCCGACUGCAAGGCCCUGAACCCCGACUGGGCCUCCAUCAACCUGUGUGUGGUCAUCUGCAAGAACUGUGCAGGGCAGCACAGAGGUCUGGGGACAAUGGUCUCUAAGGUCCAGAGUCUGAAACUGGACACCAGCGUUUGGAGCAACGAGAUCGUCCAGCUGUUCAUCAUGCUGGGGAACGACCGGGCCAACGAGUUCUGGGGGGCUCGGCUGUGUCCGGCGGAGGAGCUGGACUGCGACGCCUCGCCUGAGCAGAGACGGGAGUUCAUCACCCAGAAAUACAGAGAGGGCCGAUACCGGCUGAGCCACCCUGCGUUCCCCAGCCAGGAGGCGCUGCUGAAGGUCUUGUGCUCAGCGGUCUCUGAACAGACUCUUCUGAAAACUGUCACUCAGAUCUUCUCGGAGGCGGAGUCAGCUCGCCUCGCCAACUCCAACAGCGGCCAACGACAUCAUGACCUGCUGGAUCACUGCAUCGUGUCAGACCCCAGUGUCUACGAUGAGAUCAUGCAGCCCGUCCUUCACUCUGGUUACCUCUACAAGUCCGGCUCCGUCCACAGAGGGACACUGUCCAGGAAAACACGAGAAGACUUCCAGAAGUUCUGGUGUUCGGUGGAUCGGUCUCUGCUCUUCUAUGAGUCGGAUCGAUCGGCCGAUCCCUGCAUGCAGAUCAGCGUUAAAGACAUUGUGUGUUUGGGCGUCAGUCGACCGGACACCUCCAACAACAACGGCUUCAUCGACAGGUUCCGCUACACUUUCGAGUUGUAUUUGACUUCAGAGAAACUUUAUCAGUUUGGUUUGGAGACGGCCGAGACUCUGCACAGCUGGACCAGAUCCAUCGGGAAGGCUGCGACCCCCCUCAGCUGUCACUGCCUGCUGACUCGGGAGUUUGAGCGGGUCGGUCUGCUGCGGUACAGAGCCAUGUUGGACCCUCAGCAGUGGAAGGAGGCCUACUUCGUCCUGCAGAAGUCCAACCUCUUCAUCUGUCCCCGAAAUGACGGCGCCGCGGAGGACAUCAUCAACCUGAACCGUCUGCAGGAGCUCAGUAUCACCUCCGAGACCGAAAACCACGACAAGAAAGACAUCCUGGUUUUAGUGGAAAAAGGAAGGACUCUCCACCUGCAGGGCGUUGGGCGGACAGAUUUCUCUCUGUGGUAUUCGGACAUCCAGCGAGCAGCCGGUGGCAAAGGAAACACUCUGAGGGAACAGCAGCUGAGCAGAAACGACAUCCCCAUCAUCGUGGACAGCUGCAUCGCCUUCAUCACUCAGUACGGUCUGGGCCACGAGGGGAUCUAUCGGAAGAACGGGGCCAAAUCCAGGAUCAAACUGCUGAUGGAGGAGUUUCGCAAAGACGCUCGAAACGUCAAACUGCGGAUUGGCGACCACUUCAUCGAGGACGUGACGGACGUCCUGAAGAGGUUCUUCAGAGAGGUGGACGACCCCAUCUUCAUGGCCGACCUCCACCCAUUGUGGCAGGAGGCUGCUAAAAUCCCUCAGAAGAGUCACAGGCUGGACCGCUACAAAGAGAUCAUCCGGAGUCUUCCUCGAGUCAACAGGACCACGCUGGCUGCUCUCAUCAGUCACCUGUACAGGGUCCAGAAGUGUGCUGAUCUGAACCAGAUGUGCACUAAGAACCUGUCGCUGCUGUUCGCUCCCAGUCUGUUUCAGACUGACGGAAAAGGAGAACACGAGGUGAAGAUCGUAGAGGAUCUGAUAGACAACUACCUGUACGUCUUUGACAUUGACGAGGAGCAUCAGACUCAGAUCGAGCUGGAAAUCAGCCUCAUCACCACCUGGAAAGACACUCAGCUGUCUCAGGCCGGCGAUCUGAUCAUCGAAGUCUACCUGGAGAUGAAGAUACCGGACUGCUGCAUCACUCUCAAAGUGUCUCCCACCAUGUGUGCUGAGGAGCUGACCAAUCAGGUUCUGUUCAUGAGGAACGUCCCGGCCGGAGACAAAGACGUGUGGAUGACGUUUGAGGCCAUUGAGGACGGACAGCUGGAGCGUCCGUUACACCCCAAAGAGAAAGUCCUGGAGCAGGCUCUGCAGUGGUGCAAGAUGGCCGACCCGAGCUCGGCCUACCUGGUGGUGAAGAGAGUUCCUAAAGGAGAAGGCAUCAACAUCCUGACCUCCUAUAAGAGUGAGACCAUGAAAAUCGGUCUCUUGAAGUGUCGUGAAGAACCUCCGAAGCUCCUCCAGGGAAACCGGUUCCAGGAGAGAACGUUCCAGAUCAAAGACCACAAACUGCUGCUGCUCAAAGACAAGAAGAGCAUCAGACCGGAGAAGGAGUGGUCUCUGAAGUCCAUGAAGAUCUACAUCGGCAUCCGCAGGAAGCUGAAAGCUCCGACCAGGUGGGGGUUCACAGUGAUGUCGGACAAACACCAGCUCUAUCUGUGCUGCACCUGCGAGGCUGAACUGUGGGACUGGAUCACCAGCUUCCUCAAAGCUCAGAACGAUGACCCGGGUCCGCCGGUGCUGAGGCGUCACUCCUCUUCAGAUAUCUCCAAGCAGAAGUUUGGCACGAUGCCGCUCGUCCCCAUCAGAGGAGACGAGAGCAACAGCAGCAUGCUGUCGGCCAAUCAGACGCUGAGAAAGUUACACGACAGAAGGACUCUCUCCAUGUACUUUCCCAUGAAGGUGCAGCAGGACUCGUUUGAGGAGCGUUCAGAGUCUCCGGACCUCCCCGAGCCCCUCUAUGAGGAGGUGGGAGACUUUGGCCUGCAGGUCCUAAAAUCUCUGGAGACCAGCUUCCUGUCCAGCAGCGCCGCAGAGACCCAGGAGGUCCCGGACCACCUGCCGCUCAGACUGGUUCCCGUGGCGGCCGGAUGCGUGGAUCACGUGAUGGUCCCCGACCCGGUCCGGACGCGCGGCGCCUCUGCGGACCCCGUGGAGCAGAGCGGAGGCGGCGGCGAAGGAGCCGAUGGAGAAGCAGACUCGAGCGCCGCCCAGCAGCCUGCGGUGAGGAGGAGGCAGCAGCAGCAGGGAGUCUGUACUCCAUCACAGGAACUGCUGCUGCAGGAGCUGUCGUCUGCCUUCACCAAGAAGACUGAAGAGGAGCAGGAGGAAGAGGAGGAGGAGGAGGAGGAGGAGGAGGAGAGGCCCUAUGAUGUCUGAGAGAAAAGAACGUUUUGUCACAGCGAAGUCUGUGAAUGUUUCUGCAGCGUGUGGGGGGGUCAGUCCAUCUACUGUUUGUCUCAGAGCUCUUUACAGUCUGGACUCAUGUGACCCCCACCAUCCUUAAUCCUCACAAAAAAAGGGGGGGCAGGAGGACUUUACAGAAACACAACAAAAAGUUUUACCCUCUAAUACUUGAGCAGUUCCACAGAUUAACACGUGAUCCUGAACAAUCACCCGUCAGUUGAACAGGAGGCCUGCUGAAAGGUAGCUAGCCUAGCUUAGCAUAGCCGAAUCAGUUCUACAUUCAAAAUUUAGCUUCAGUAACAAAAAUGAAUAUUACAGCCUGAGGAGACUGAAGCUGAGCUGUAUGAAUGUUUGGUGUCAGAGGUCAGCGUCGUCUUCUCGUCAGGAAGCCAAGCCUCUUCAACGGGCGCACGUUGCAUCACUUCCUGUUAGGACAGUGUGUCAGUGUAAUAAUCCAUCCUCAACCUGUUUAUUGGUCAGAUUUAAAAAGAAACAUCAUCAUUAUCGAAGUUGAUGUUCUGUCCUGUCAAGAUAAAAGGUCUAAAAAUACACUGUGUGAUAUUCUUAAUAACACGACGUACUGUACAUGUCUGUGUAUUAACCAUUUAUUACAUAAGCUACAUGUUGAGUGUGGAAGAAGAAACUGGUUCCACUGGUUUUAAUGGCGACACACUAUAAAGAGGCAGAGUUGGACCUCUGAUGUGCAGUUGUACAUUUACAGUCUGUGUUUUAACACUGCUGGAGUGAACCGUGUAGAGUUAUUCAUCUGGUGGCGUCGCUGGGUGUUAUUACUUGGAUUAUUUCAGCCUUUUUUUAUUCUGUAUGUUAACUUAUUUUCUAAAAUCAUAAACUCUUGUUUCCAUGUUCUGAAACUGUGACUGGAUGUGAUGCUGUGAGUGACCAGCAGGUGGCAGCAGCUUCCAACAGGUCUGUUCCUCCAACACAACCGAUCACACAGUUUAUAUGUUCACAGGUGGAAGAGAUAAAACUCAUCCUUUACUUUAGUAAAAGUAAUAGUACAACCAGGAAAUACUCCAUCACAAGUAAAAGUCUGCGUUCAAAACUUCACUUCUUCAAAAAGUCCAACAGCUUUCUUUGAAAUGUGGUGGAAGACAAAUAGAAAGUGUCCUGUCUGUCCACCAGUCCUCCCAGAACAGUGGAACUGGUGCCAGCACGACUCCAGCAGUGGUCACACUGGUUUGAUGAUGUGAACGUCUUCCCUCUGCAGAUGUGUGUAUAUACUCAGUAUCUGGCUGUUGUACAUUAUUCUAUGAAGCUGAUUCUCUCCUGACUGUUCUGGAAAGUUUCAUGUACAUGAAGGACGAUAUUAAAAUAUAUUUUUGGUUUCAUAA